UAAUGGCGGGAAUAGCUAUAGUUUUAGAUCUACUGAAGAAAUCUCAAACCAAACAUAGUCUCCACUCAUCGUCGCUGUCUUCCGCCUCCGCCGUCGCUUCUGCCGCCGCCGUAUCUGCUGCCGCCGGUGCUCCUUUCGCUUCUAGGUUUCUCUUCGGUUCUUUCGAGCCUCGAGUUGCAUAUUGUGAUGCCGCAGCUGCAAUAGAUGAUGACUACCUUGCUGCUAUACGGAAAAUGUCUGCGGAUGUCUUGCAGCGUCAGCCACUUACAUACAUUUCUACUUCAAAGCAAUACAAUAUUCAGCCGAAACCAAUCUUCUCGGCCUUCGAGUACAGGGCGCUUGCGAUGACCACCGUGAGAUCACUCCUCAUGUUCUAUUUGCCUCUGUUGGAGCCUAAAACGGCUUCAGAGGAGGACGAUGAUAAUUUCCUAAACAAUGACGCGGAGAAACCCCGCGCAGACCUGAUUGUUCCUCUUAAAAAGUCGGUGAAGCAAAUUGCCCGUGAGACUACAGUUGUGACCACUCGAAGAGUCCUUGAAAGGCUGGCUAUUAGUUAUGUCUCGCAGCGUAUGGCAUGGAAACUUUUAAAGGAUGUUCCUCAGUCAGCUUUACGCAAGGCUGAGAGAGGGUGGUCCACACAUUUAUACAUCUUUAAAGUCAGCCAGACAACUCUUAGAGGACACUUUCUCGGGAUUGCAGCAUCAUGGACAGUUCAAGUGGGCAUAGAAAUCUACAGAUGCGUGUCCCGGUAUGUUAAACCGGAGGAAGAAGAAGAAGAGGAACAAGUCGUGAUAUCAGAGCAAGCAAAGGAUCUCGGAAACAAAGUUGUGGGUAUCACAGUACGGUGUGGUGCUUCCUUAGUGUUUGCUGCGAUUGGAGCCGGGAUCUGCUCUUGCCUUAUCCGUCCCUCCACGGGCCAAUGGAUCGGCUGCGCGCUGGGGGACUUGGCUGGUCCGAUUAUUGUUUCGGUUUGCCUGCAGAAGACUCUUCAAGCUGAUGGU